AUGUUGAUCUAUCUAUCUAUCUAUCUAUCUAUCUAUCUAUCUAUCUAUCUAUCUAUCUAUCUAUUAGACUGUUCAUAUCUAUCUAUCUAUCUAUCUAUCUAUCUAUCUAUCUAUCUAUCUAUCUAUCUGAGACUACUGUUCAUAUCUAUCUAUCUAUCUAUCUAUCUAUCUAUCUAUCUAUCUAUCUAUCUAUCUAUCUAUCUAUCUGAGACUAUUGUUCAUAUCUAUCUAUCUAUCUAUCUAUCUAUCUAUCUAUCAUAUCCAUCUAUCUAUUUUAGAUUGUUCAUAUCCAUCUAUUCAUCCAUAGAUCCAUCAUAUCUAUCUAUCUAUCUAUCUAUCUAUCUAUCUAUCUCACUCUCUCUCUCUCUCUCUCACUCUCUCUCUCUCUCUCUCUCUCUCUCUUUCUACUUCAUAAUUGAAACUUAUUGGCACAACUCGCUUUGCGACGCGCAUGCGUUGUCUUUUGUGAUGUUUCCUCUCGCUAAUCAAAUCAAACCGAACUUUAACUCGAUCGAGUCCCGCCUACUGACCACAAUGGAGCCACAACACAUCACCGAUGAUUCUCAUUGCUCCUCGUCUUCUGAUCUCACUCCCUCACUACGCUUUUCUUUCUUCUUUUCUACCUUCUUUUACAAUCUAUCUAUCUAUCUGUUCAUAUCUAUCUAUCUAUCUAUCUAUCUGUUGUUAUCUGUCUCUUUGUCUCCCACUACCCUCUCUCUCUCUCUCUCUCUCUCUCUCUCUCUAAUUCUCUGA